UCUAUACUAGAUACAAAGCACAAGCCGUUUACCAGGACAAAAUUUGACGUGUCGCUCUCUAAGAAGUUUGCCACGUGUCUCCGUUCCCCGGGUUCUUAUCAGCCCUCUGAAGGAAAAAAUCUUUAGCAGAUGUUUUAACACCAUACUUCUCAAAUACCAUGAUUUUCCCACUGCUACCUACCUCUGUGUGAUUCAUGUGUUUCUCCCCCUUUUCAAAUUUGAAAAAAAAAAAAAAUACAUUCUCCAAUUCUGUGAUUCUCCCGGUUUCUACUUUUUUCCAACUAUAAAUUUAGUACAAGGCCAUUGUAUCUACCACACCCACCCACCAACGUUGAUUUGCUUACCAUUCCCUGUACGUUUUACUUCCUUUCUGAGUGAUUUGUGAUGGAGUCUGUUUACCAUAAUGUUGCUGAGCUUCGUUCUGGGAAGCAACAUUGGAGGAUUAUGGUGAAGGUGAUCCGGAUUUGGUACAGCCAAGGGUUUGCCACAUCGAAGUUGCCCCUUUCUCUUGAGCUUGUCCUGAUGGAUGAUAAGGGUACCAAGAUCCAUGCCAGUAUUAAAAAGACUCUGAUGUACAAGUUUGAGAAGUUACUGGUUGAGGGGAAGGUUUACAGUGUGUCCUCAUUUGUGUUAGUGGAUAGUAGUGGGGAGUAUAAAACUACACGUCAUAAUUACAAGAUAUGUUUCAUGUAUAACACUGAAGUGCGCCCAAUGGACCAGUUUCCUAUUGAUGCGUUCCCCUACAGCUUUGUUCCUCUAGCUGACCUUUUAGCUCCUACCUAUGAUUCCUCUUUCCUAAUUGAUGUGAUUGGCAUUCUAACCGGCGUUGGAGUUGAGAGGGAGAUUGUUACUAAUGGGAAGAAAUCAAAGAUGAAUGUGAUUGAGAUUGAUUCUGAUAAAUGGUGUUUUGAAGCAUUGGACCGGACUUUAAAUGAUAUAAUGAAGUCGCAUCAAAGUGUUGAUAGUGGCAUGCCUUUUGGGGGUAAAGUGGUGGUUUUGGGUGGAGAUUUUAGGCAAAUUUUGCCAGUUAUUCAGAAAGGAAGUCGUUCUGAAAUUGUUAGUGCCACAAUCAAUUCGUCUUAUCUUUGGAAGCAAUGUCAUGUGCUAAAACUUACCAAAAACAUGAGGCUUAUUAGCUCAAAAUGUCAUGAUGAAAAGAUUGAAAUUAAAAGGUUUGCUGACUGGCUAUUAGACAUUGGUGACGGAAAGGUGAAUACAAUUGAUGCAGAAGAUUCUACAAUUCAGAUUCCAGAUGAUCUUCUUAUUCUUGACUCUGAUAAUCCAAUUCAAAGUUUGAUUGACUUUGCUUACCCUCAAAUGCUGCAAAAUUUGAAUGAAAAGAAUUACAAAUUCUUUGAAGAUAGGGCUAUUUUGGCUCCUACAUUAGAAAGUGUAGAAAUUAUUAAUACUGAAAUGCUAGGUAAAAUUCCAGGUGAGAUUAAAGAAUAUUUGAGUUGUGAUACAACUUGCAGGUCAGAUGAAGACUCAGAGGUCGAAGCAGAAUGGUUCACAACUGAGUUCCUCAAUAAUAUUCAAUGUUCCGGUAUACCAAAUCACAAAUUGAGUUUGAAAGUGGGUGUCCCUAUUAUGUUGUUGCGCAACAUUGACCAAGCAGGUGGACUUUGUAAUGGUACUAGAAUGAUUGUUAAAGAUAUGGGAAAAAAUGUUAUUGUUGCCAAUGUAGUAUCAGGGAAGCAGUUAGGUGAGAAGGUUCUUAUAUCAAGAAUGGAUUUAGUACCUACAGACUCUGGUUUACCAUUUAAAUUUGUCAGGAGACAGUUUCCCAUUGCUUUAUGUUUUGCAAUGACGAUUAAUAAAAGUCAAGGUCAGACGCUUUCUCAUGUCGGUUUGUAUUUGCCUAAGCCAGUAUUUACUCAUGGACAGUUAUAUGUUGCCUUAUCAAGAGUAAAGUCCAGAAAAGGUCUCAAAAUUUUAUUGUUAGAUGAAGAUGGAUUAAUCUCAAAGGUCACCAAAAAUGUGGUAUACAAUGAAGUUUUUCAAAACGUUUGA